CUUUCUCUUCGUUUUUUCUUCUUGAGGAACCACGACCUCGUAGUUCUCUAUCAUGAAUCCCUACGCCCCGGCGGCCGCGAAGCCAGCCGGAGCAUCCGGCGGUCUGGUUUCUGGUCUCGGCGGCGCGGCUCCGAAGCCGGGCGCAGGCUUAGUUUCUGGCUUGGUUGGCCCCGCUGCGAAACAAGUCUCGUCCGGGAUGGUUGGCCCCGCUGCGAAACAACCGUACGGGAUGGUGGGUCCUGCAGCGAAACAAACUGGGCUAGUCGGGUCGCCGCCGAAGCCGAUGGGCAUGGUCGUCGGCGCAGCAGGAUCAUCCUCCGGGAUGGUCGGCCCGGCGGCGAAGCAAGUUUCGUCGGGGAUGGUCGGACCCGCAGCGAAGCAAGUAGUACCUACUUCCGGCAUGGGCAUGGGCUUAGUUGGCCCGGCAGCGAAGCAGGCUCCCGGGUCGUUUGGUGGGAGUGCAAACGCGAAUGCCACGCCUGUUAUUGCACAGAAUAGACCCGGUGGAGUUGGUGUCGGCAUUGCGAACAAGCCCCAAGGGAUGACCGUCGGGGCAGGUGGCGCAGCGUCGUCUUCUUUAGUCGGGGGACUGAGCAGCGGCGGAGGUGUCGGUGUUUCAGCGUAUAACAAGCCGGUCGGAGUAAGUGGUGUUUCUCCGUAUUACUCAAGCAUGACAUCAGCGUCUUCGUCGUCCUCGGCGUUGCCGAAACCGGUUGGAGCCACGGUGGGUGUAGGCGCUCCUGCAACUGGGAUUGGUGCGAAACCGGUGGGAGUUGCGUCGGCCGUGCCACAGCCCUCGUCCGCGUCGUCUGCGCCGAGAGGGAGCGUCAUCAUUAGCCAGCUGGUGGACGGGAAUCAGGCGAAAUUGCCAAGUAAAAGAAGUUUCCCCACGCACUAUUUGAACAUCUACUUCGAGGACGACAUUUAUUCCUGUGAGGAUACAUAACACUCAACUUCGUAUGUUGAUCGUAGCUCCUACGCUUGCAUUGUUAUUGCGCAUUUUUUGAACUUCAAGCUAACUACUUCCUCUCUUUCGCAGGUGCAACGGCAACACCGGUCCAGCAACCGAUAGGCGUUUCCCCCGGCCUGUCUCCAACCAUUCCUGAGCAACCGGCCGCGGUUGGGGUCCCGAAGGACGCGGCUGCCUCUAUGGCGUUCUCAAACGUUACAUUCUCAACCGUUACAUGAAUUUGUCAUGCAAAAUUGCCAUUAAUAUCUACAUGAUCAAGCUGCUUCGCAUGACAGGUUCCCGACUCGCUAGAUAGCAUUAGAAUCUGCGCCAAACCUGUAAUGCAAAAGGCGCAAUCUUUCCCCUUUCACUUUUGCCAUUCUUGCAUGACAGAUUCAUAUAACAGUUCGGAAUGUAACAGUUGAGAGCGCCAUAGCCUCGUUUUUGGAGAAGGUGGGCGUCUACGAGCUGGAAGAAGAGAAGAAAAAAGCGGAGCAAGCACUUCUGAAAGUUUCGGGUGCGACGCCGAGAGAUGGCACUGCAAGGAGUUCCUCGUCAGGUAUGAUAGACUGGACAACUGUUUUUUUUUCAUAUGACUGCUGUGCUUCCAGCAUCAAACGAUUCUGGGUAAGCAGUUGCAUCGUUGAGGAGGACGAAGAUUUGAACCCAUACACACCACUCUCCCCGAUAAAACAUCACAAAAUCCAGCCGCCGCGAAACAAGACAAAGACGCCAAACAAGACGACGACCUCUCCCCGAUGAGUUUUGCCGCGGUGGAUAGCAGUAGCGUUCUCAACCGCACGAUCCUCGGCGGUACUAGCCGCUCGAGUGGUGCAAGAAUUCCGCAUAUUGCCCCCCUCUCCGUCAACGCCUUUCAUCGAGGGUCGCUUCAUUUCCACACCUUUCUCGGGCAACUGGAGCAUGUGGAGUACUUGCUGGUUGAUGCCGAGAACCAGGGCGACCAGUUCUUCGUCAAUUCGGUGGACACCUACGGAAAAAGAACGGCUCUGCAUCUAGCCUGCUUUCAAAACGAACCUGAGGUCGCUGAGCUGCUGCUGCAGCACGGCGCCGACCCGUUUGCAAGGGACAGAGAUUUGCGAACGCCGUUGCACUACGCGAGCUACAAGGGAAGCAGGAAGAUCGUGCGGAUGAUCGUAUCUAUAUUAUUUUUCAAUUGUGUAAUUGCUUCGUACUGCUAACCACAGCUUCAGCUUGUGAUACGAAUCCUGUACUUUUUACCGCUGACGAUCUCAAUCGCAAACCUAACUAUCUUCAUGUCCAGCUCGGCAUGUCUUUGCACAAGCUCCGGCAGGAGAUCGUGGCGAAAUUCCGCAAGCUGAAGCUCCAAGCCCCGGAAUACGAUCCAGAACUCGCAGACGAGAACGCGUAUGAACGAAAAUGCGCGAAGGAUUGCUGCGGCGAGUAUUUCAAGAACCUGGAGGAACUCCGCUACAAGUUACUCGCCACAGAAGACAUUAAAGGCAUGACCCCGCUCCAUUACGCGAUUCACGACGCCUGGCAGGGGUGUCUCUCCACCUUGCAACUCCUUCUGGAGGGCGCGCUAAUCGAGCCGUUGGCAUUUUCCGCCACCGGGAUCGGGGGCGGAGAGCAAUCAAAAGACCCGAAAACGUCGCACAUCACCGGGGGAAAACUGGGCCCGGUGAACCAGGCAAACAAAGAGGCGCUGAUGCAAGACCCGAAAUUUCAAGUGCUGAGCAAAACGAAUUGCUUUCCCGACUUCUUUUUCAAGGUCUUGCUCGCCUUUGAAGUGAAACUGCUAAAGAAGGCGCACAGCGACCGGUCGCGAGCCAUUACGGACGAAUUACUGAACGGCCCGGACGCCGGGGGCUACACCAUGCUGCACCACUGCGCCUGCGAGGGCAACUACCGCGCGGUGCAGAUUCUGAUUCAAAAAAAGGCGGACCCGAAAGCCAGAACGGUGGCGGCGAAUGGUACAGUGUUUCGAAAUAAAAAUAUAUUGCUACUGCCAAAGCAAAGCGAACUCCCUAUUCGUGAUGAAAAGCAUGUAAGUACUUACUUCUGACACAUAGGUUACUAGAGAAGCAAAUUUUACUCUUUCAUCACAGCGUCCCGCGCCAAGCAAGACACUUUGACGGAUGCGCUCGAAGUUGGCAAAACGCCCUUCGAACUUGCCAAAGACGCCGCGACGAAGAAGGCACUGCAGCAGUACUUCACCGCUACGGUAAAGGAACAGGACGCCAAGCUGGAUGACAAGGAGCAGCUUCUGCGGGAACGAACGCCGGCGCUCAAGAACAGUUCCCCGUCGAAACGGUCCCGAGUGAACUCCUCGGAGUGGUUUGACGAAGACGAAAACAAUCUCAACUCCUUUCUCGCCGAUCCGAAUGUCAUCGCGCGACGGCAGGCGCGCGCGGCAGAGGAGUUUGGCGACUACGUGAACGAGGAGAAGGGCUUUCUCGGGCGAAACUCCUGCCACGCCGCUUUAUUCACGGCUAUUCUGAACAAACCCGGGGGCAGCGAGGGCCUGGGAAAAACGGUGAAAAGCAGUGGGUUCGAAUCCGCGCACGCGUCGCCGAGUAUGGCGGGGAAAUCGAUGAAGAGUUCGAGCAGCACGUCGCCGAGCAAGGGAGGAAGUGCGCCUGCGGCUGGAGGUGGAACCAGUGCCCUGGAGGUACUAAGAAAGUACUUUUUUCUUUAGAAAGCCACUAGGUCUAGGACGGACAUGAAUGGGUUCUGCCAUAGUGCCAUAAUGCCAUGAGUUCUACUCGUCAGAAUGGGUUAUGCCAUAUUGCCAUCGAGAGUAAUGUUAUGCUGCAUGCUACCACGUCCAGUGCUACAGUGCGUGCUUCAUACCCUCGUGGAUGAUACAACGCAGCAUGUUGUGACGAGUGUGAUGAUAUGCGAUAGCGUUGCCGGGACCUCUACGCGUGGUGGAAAUAUGUUGAAAAUUCAUCAGACCCUCCUCGAGAUGCACCCGGAAACGAAUCCCUGGGGUUCGGACGCUUCCGGUUGGAGCAGCGUGCACUACGCAGCGGCCUACGGAAAGUUUGACGAGCUGCGGAUCCUGCUGAGGCACAGUCGCCGCCACCUCCACGAUCCGGCGAACGCGGUUGGGAGGAACGACCCACUGGUUCCGGGAAAACCGCUCCCACCACGGAAAACCCAAACGGUUUCUAAAAGACCGAAGUCCGCGAGCAAGAGUGGGGGAACGGCGGAGGGCGUGGCACGGGUACGCCCCAAAACGGCGGCUGGGAUGAGAAGUACUGAGUGGUUUGUCCCGGUUUCGUUUUAUUCAGAAGGCGUGCAGCCCUAACACCGCCUAGUUUUUUGCAACUUCUUCACUCGAAAUUUUGUGUGAACAAAAGAAUCGACCCGACAAUGACAAAUUGAUAUAUGCUGAGAGUCCUCCCUUCCAAAACUACUUACUCACAUUAGACGGCGAGGCGAUGACCCGGCGCACGCCGACGCACGUUGCUGCCCAGGGUGCUUCCAAAGGGCACGCCGACCUGAUUCUCGGACAGUCGGAACACGUCAAGUGUCUGCAGGUUCUAGAGGACGAAGGUUGGCUCCAGAUCGAGGCACGGGACGAGAAGGGCUGCACCCCGAUACUCGCUGCAGCGGCGAAAGGAGCGAGUAUUAAUAGAAGGGUUGAUGAUUUUCAUCGUUGAACAAGUUUUGUUUAACGUAGCAUUGUCAUACGCAUAGCUUUUUUCAUCACCCAGAAGAUCAUGCCACCGUAGUUUGAAGUUGUACAAAAUUUCUCAUGACAACUCCUCAGCCGCUGCGGUUCACUGGCUUCUCCGCAAAGGGGCCGACGCCUACGCUGUGGACCAAAACAACCGCAAUCUUCUGCACCUCGCGUUGCUCGGGGGGCACGUCUCUCUCACCCGCCUGCUGGCCUACUACGACGCGGACCGGUGCUUUUUUUCGUCCCAGAAGGACUGCCGCGGGGCCGUUCCGAGUCAAAUUGUGACUGGGAACGUCAAGUCCGAGGACUACUGCACGAUCUGGGAGGCGGCUCGGAAGGGCGAUCUGGACAAAGUGCGAGCGGCGCUGCGGCUGGGUACGGAGAUCGACGGUUUGUCCCCCUCCGGCUGGACGCCAUUGAUGUACGCCUGUGCAGCGGGACACGGCAUUUUGGCCAGAUUUUUGCUCUCCUGCAACGCGUCGGACAGUAGGUUGGCGGGGGACGAGAGUACCGCGGGACCUUUGUACGAUUUGGAAAACGAAACGCGGCCACACGAGGGGAGGCAGGCAAUUCACCUGGCCGCAGAGUUUGGACACCCGGAGAUUUGCGUGUUACUGCGGGAUAUCAAGGGCGCGGACAUCAACGUAUUAUUCGGAAAUGAGCGAAUUUUUUUUUCGUUACCGGUUUUUCUUGACGUCGUUGCGCUUAGUUACGCACGAAAAGUUCUGUGCAGAAAUGUGCCUUGUCGUAGGUUUGUUUCUACUUGAGUACUUAGUGUAGUGAAUCAAUGAAUGAUGAACAAACGUUGUCAUUCACCAUACAGUCUGCUUGUGACGAUUUCGGCAAGACACCUCUCAUGUACGCCUGUUCCGGCGGAAAGAUCGAGUCCGUGGACGCCCUGCUGAAACUGCCGCAAACCGAUAUUUUCGCGACGGACAAGCGCGGCAGGACGUGCUUGCACCACGUCGCUCUUGCCGCGGAGAAAGAUCCGGAUAGGAAAAAGGACGCGGAUUGCGCUCAAAUCCUGAAAAAAAUCGUCUCCCUAGUUGGGGUGAAGAAGGCCGCAAGUCUGUGGAAGAAAACCUACGACAGGGUGACAACCAAUGCCGAAUUCCUCCUCGAGAAGGAGCAGCCAAAACUCGCUUCUUCCGCACCGUCGUCAGCGACAAGCAAUAGGAAGAGAGAGCAAUCCAAGCCGGUCACGGCAUUAGACGAAAUCAAGAUCCUCGAUGACCUCCGGCACUUCGGCGGCGACGGCUGGAAGUCCAAAACGCAGAACAUGAUGGCGCGGCUGGCGGCCCAUCUGAAGGAGGAAACCAGGAAACGGGACGAAAUGAUGCGCGAUUUAGAAGAGAAAGCGGGCUACCAGAUCGAGCGCAUUCAAGAGUACGAGAGAAGCGGAACGGUAUUGCCGAAGGAGAAAGCGGCGCCGACGACUUCUCUGGCGCCAGUUGUGGGAGCUGCGCCGAGUAGUGGAGUGGGGGUUGCGCCGAAAUCUGCAGCUGGUAUGACUCGAGUUUUGGACUAUGGAAAUUUUGUAAUAUGCUGAUGGGAUGCAUUGACGUAAAGGCUUUUACUUUUACAUCGUUUGUUCUAACCUCCACCUCAGUGCCUUCCGUCUCCUUCGCCGCGACUAGCAAAGCAGGAGCACCCGCGCAGCCGAUGCUCUCUCCCGGUUCUAGCGAUGUUUCCAUCAUCAACAGCCUUGCAGCGAAAGCGAAGGCGCCAGUAGCAGCCACUGCUCCCGUGGCAAACUCCGCUUUGCUCACCGGAACCAGCGCUUCUGCAGCGUCGACAUCUGCUGCGGUCAGAAUGCCAGCUGCCGCGACGUCAACAUCAUCUAUUGCAAAACCUGCGCCGUCGGCAGUAUCAGCAUCGUCGUCUGUCGCACCAAAAAAUCCGGCUACGGUACUGUCGUCCGCUCCGACCGUUUCGCCAACGCCUGGCGCUGUCGCAAAACCAGUCGGCAUCACGGGAAUGGGAAGUGCUGCUGUAGCGAAGCCAGCAGGCCUGGUUGCUGGCCUUGGCGUUGGGGUCGGCGCGGCGAGUAAACCAGUCGGGGUAGCGGCGCCUUCAACUGCAGCCGGUGCCAGCAGUCUCGUCGCAGGGCUAGCGGCGAAGUCUAGUGCACCCGUCGCGGCUAAGCCUGUCGGCAUUACCACCACCACACCAACGGCAGCCACAGCUGCCGUCGCGAAACCAGUCGGAAUCACAGCAACAGCGCCAACCGCGGCAGCUAAACCCGCUGGAGUUUCUCUCGUAGGCGCUCCCCCCGCUGCUGCACAACCGAAACCAACCGGGAUUGUCGGCCCGGCCGCCAAAACGGUAGUUGCCGCGAGCAAACCGGCCGGCACAACUGUGGCCAGACCUGCGAGUGCGAAAGCGAAGGCCAGAGCGCAUUCCCCCGCUGGCAGUGACAAGUCCUACGGCGGGGAGUCGUUCCUGUCAGAGUCCAUCGAAAUCGGGUCCGAUUCGUCCUCGGACAGCCCGAUUGUUGGCGUUGGAGCGAAGGCGAAAGCGAAACCCAAGGUCGCUGGUCCGCCGUCAUCCAGUUCCUCGAGCGCAAAACCGGCCGGCGGGGGACCCAAGGGAAGCGACUACAACUUUUAAGUUGAAUGGAGUCAUCUUCAACAAGUUGAGAUAAAUGACAUCUGUACUACUUGUUGAGCUUGUUGCACGUACUGCUACUGAAAUGGUAGUUUCGGCUCAAAAUAAUCAUGAGCCUCAACAUUCUGGGCUACAAAGUAGAUACGAGCUACUUCUUAGAGCUUUUUUGACAGCUAUGAAAUAACUACGCAAGAGCUGCAAUACCUACGAACACAAGAACAGAUAACAAUUGAUAACACCUGGAUCUAUCAAACAGAAAAAAGGAUUACAAAAGUAUCAGUCUGUGACUGUAUAUGCUUUUUCUUUUAUUUCAAUAUCGGCUAUUUCAGAAAUUUUCUCACUCUCGCGGCGAGAGAGUGAGUUCUUGUUACGCAUUAAUCACUUUGAUUUAUAUGUUUCGUGUAAACCUAAACACCGAGCUAGGAAGCGCAUGGGGGUAGAGGGUCAAACAAGUUUUUCCAUGUGAGCGAGCUUUUUUUUCUAGAUCCACAAAGAAUCAGAAUGCCUAGCCCUAACUUGAGCUUUUUGUCGCUGUCGUGAGGCGAGCGACUCAAGCUGCAAUGUGUAGUCGGCUACGAAGCGAAGAAUACUACUUCUUCCACUGUCAUUAUAUAAUUCAACAAGAUCGAAAAACGCGAACGACUGGUAGAAUUCAAAUUCGAAUUUUGUAGAACACGAGGACAUGAUUGCGCGCACGCUAAACCGACUAGCUACAAUAGAUACUUAAAACGCACUUUGAUCAAAUCGAGCUUUCUACAUAUCAUAUCAGCCUGCUAUUCAGUGGCCGUAGUCAUGCAUGCAUGGGGUCGUGCACUAUCGUCAGGGUCGUAGUCUUACUUCUGCUCGUGUUCCAAGAAGGCAAAGCCCAUCCGUCUGUCGACAGACGAGCACAAGUAGUAACUCUAAGUGCAUGUUCUUGCG